AUGGCUGACUGGGCAGAUGUUGCUGAUCUUUUGGGUGAAUUGAGCGAUAGUGAUGAUAAUGAUGAGGAGAAAAAGUCGGAUGCAAAAGAGAGUUGCGCCGAAAAACCUUCAAGUAAUGAGGCAUCAGUAUCAGAAGUAAAAGUGCAGUCAUCGAGUUUGAAAAGAAAAUCUGAUAAUGAUAUUGGUACAGAUGGUAUACCGGUUAAAACUAGCAAGGGAGAGUUACCUCUUCAUGCAAUCGAAUUACUGGACGAUCCGCUAUUUGGUUUAUUAGACCCUGCAGAUUUUACUACAAUGGAUGCUGUAUCGAAGAAUUCAUCUCUAGCCUCUUCUUCUGCAGCAGGUUCAUCAAACUUAAAGAGUGGAUUGAAUGUCCAUUUUGCAGAAAAUGUUAGAGAUAAUGAAAAGACAGGCAUUAAGGAUGCAUCAAGAGCAGGACCGAGUAGAGGGAAUUCUCCUGAAACCGAAAAUUCCGAUGACGAGCAAAAUGAAGCUGCUUUGCAGCCGAGAAAAUUAAGUAGACAAGAUGAAAUCUUGCGUCAAAAAAUGCAGAUAUUGGUAGCUAAUUUUUCGUCUGAACAGUUGGCACGUUACGAAUGCUUCCGACGUUCAUCUUUUCCAAAAAGUGCAAUUCGAAAACUUAUUUAUCAAGCAACGGGUGUCACGCCUGGACAUAAUGUUAUAAUAGCUGUCGCGGGACUUGCCAAAGUAUUCGCUGGGGAACUUGUCGAAGAAGCAUUAGACAUUCGCGAACGGAUGGGAGAAGAGGGUGAGCCAUUGAAGCCACAUCACAUUCAAAUAGCAUAUGAUCAAUUGAGAGAAAAGGGCAAACUUUUUCCGCCUUAUGGAUCUCGCCGAAAUCCUUUCAUAUAA